GUCCAGCUGCUUCUGGUCCAAUCAGAAUUGACAGGAGGUGGGAGUGGGACAGCGGCCGGAAUGGAAGCGGGUUGCAGGCAGAAUUUGGAUUCAUUGAAUGAAUCUGUGGUGAAAGGUCAUAAUUUAACUCCAGCUGUAAGCACGGAACCUGAAGAAAAUGGUGCAUCUUGUGAACGGAAAUUGCCAGAAACCCCAACAUUUGAAUCCAGCUGCAAGAAACACUGCACAGAUGCUUUGCUUCACAGCAGCCUGGAACGGAUGAGGAGAGAGCGCAUUAAGGAUUGUUGUGACCAGUUACGAGUGCUUUUGCCGUAUGUGAAGGGAAGAAGAACUGAUGUGGCUUCCAUCCUGGAGAUGACAGUGGAAUAUAUGAGAUACAUUUAUGGUAGAAUACCAAACAAUGUUAUGUCACAGAUUCUUGAAAUCUUUCAGACAAAUUCAAGAUAUUGUAAAUAUGUAUGGAAGGCACAUGAUCACAAGUAUCCCCAAAACCAGUUAACACCGAGGAGGAAUGUUUUUACCAGUAAUUCAUCUUCAGAAAAAAUAAAACCAAAAAUUCAGUAUGCUCCAUACCAAUUCACAGGAAAUGAAUAUUUCAACAAUCAUAAAACAGAUGAUGCAAGUACUAUGAAUAGCACUUUUGUAUAUCCAAAGGCUGCUUUUGAGUCCAAUCAAUACUAUGUUCCUGCCACCAAAAGAUUAGUUCCACAACUUCAAACAAGUUUGUCUCCAAAUAUUCCUCCUCCGUCAGUCAUUUCUAUUCCAUAUGAUGUUCAAAAUAUUUGCCUCACUAACCUAGCUAAUAGCUCAAUUUUCCUCUCAACUGGUCGUCCCAGUGGUUCAGUCCCAGUGUUUACACCUUGGGCCUCUGAUGUAGCUAGGUCUUGUAUUGCACCUUCCCCUCUACCAUUUUCCAGUGACUGUCUGAAUUCUCUAUCAUCACUUCAUUCAGGAUAUUCUGUCAACCCUUAUUCUGUAAUGUCUACUUCCGUUACACAAACUGUAAACACAUCCUCUUCUCCAGCAAUGACAUUCACUAGCAUAAGUCAUGCACUAACUAAUUUCCCAGCAAAGCCUCCCACAACUACAUGGACAACCAGUGGGGAACAACGUGGAACAGAAGCAAGAGAAAAUGUUUGCAACGUAAUUGAUUAGAUCGGCUCUGCGAGGGAAAUAACAUUCAAGUGUAAUCUCGAGAUGUACCAAAGAAGAGAGAAAUGGAAGAUUGGUGGAAAAUUAAAGCAAUUUUGAUGGGAAAAGAAACUUUCAACAAGACAAUUUUGAUUCUAACUGCAUGGGAAAGCUACAGGGGGUCCUAGCUAUUAGUUACUUUUAAUUGAUGGCCAAUUAUUGGGAGUUAAUCUGAAACUAUGAUGAAUCCCAGCUAUAAUUAAUGCUGGCAUUCAUCAUUUAAAAUCUAUAUGCUUUCAAAUUCUGGAACUGAAAUUUCCACCACAGGGAAGCCCAUUAUUUUGCUGACAAAAGAAACUUUGUAUUGAAUUUUGUGAUGCAUUGAAAUUAAAGCCAUUAUUAAAUGCAACUAGUGAAAUCAUAUCAAUAUGUAGACUCUGGUUUAAAAGUGAAGGGUAAACAAAUGAAUAGACUUGCAACUUUUAAAGUUUCUGAAGGUGGUCUUGAGUCUGGGAAAGUAAUUUUAUCUAAUCCUGUCUGACAAGAGUAUGCCAGUUUUGGGUAAGCCCAUUUGUGCAUUUGUCUUAUUUUGUACUCCAUUGAAUUCAUUGUAAAAAAAAAAUCAGGCAAUGAUUUGAUUUGAAACAGUUCUGUUUCUGGUGGAUGAGAUAGAAUAAAAUGAUCUCUUUUGAAAGUAUUAAGUUAACAUAAAAAUACAUCGUCAAAAUCAUUGUCAAAACUAAGUUCUAAAAAAAGUUGCAAGUUUGAAGAAAAAUGUUAAAAUUAUAAAUAUUAGAAUUUUUGAAUAUUGCUACAAAGGAUUUUUUUAUUUGAUUUGAGAUUUCUACAUUAAUAUGUGGUGAGCUGGGUUUGGACUUAAGUUAAUUUCUGCCAAUUGUACUAGCAAACAAUGCUGUCUAGGAUAGAGAUUUUUACCACCUAUAUUAUCAGCAAGUUUUGCACUGCUUCUCUGAACUGCUGUUCAAUAAAGUAUAAAAUUGCAUGACAAAGACAAUGAUAUAGAUAGCCCAACCAGCGCUGUAAUGAAUUUGCGACACUUAAGUUUUCAUGUUGAAACAGUUAAUAUUUUACCAAGGUGUAUGUACUAACAAUUUAAAAAAAAUUGUAAUCUUGCUCUGGUUUUAUACCAGUAUAACACAUGUAAUAUUUAACUAAAGCUUUAAAGUGUUAGUUGAAAAUUGUUUGGUAGCUUAAUGCAAUGUCAUUGAUAUAAUUUCUCAAUUUGUCUAAAUCUAGCUCCAAGAAGGAAAAGGAGAGUAAGUAAAGGACCUAACUUGGAAAUGU